AUGGACUACGCCCCGCGUAGGAGACGUACGCCCAUCGUACUGCUGCUCAAAUUAGUACGCCCAUCGUACAAGAACAUUAUGCCCAGCUCCAAUCAGUCACUUGAAGGAAGAGAAAAAGAAGAAAGGAUUUGUGAUUUUGCCAAGUCACCACGAUGUGGAGGUGAUAGUGCCACACCGUGGGCACUUAAGGAAGAUUAUGAUUUUUCUAUUUUUGAGCCAUAUCAACCUCCUUUUUCUUUCCAAUAUUGUGCUAACGAAAAUCUGGUGAAGCAAGGAAAUGCAAAGUUCAUGGAUCAUAAAGACUUUAAAGAGAAAUCAGAAAAGGAAGUGAAUUUUUAUGUUGUUGAGCCAUAUCAACCACUGCUUCCUUUCGAGGUGUUUUCUUUUAAAAGACCGCGAUAUCAAGUCUCAGAGCCAAUUGAAUCUAAGGAAGAAGAUAAUGACGGGCUUCAUUUUGACAAGAAAAACCCAAAAAGAGACAAGACAAAAGCUAGAGGCAUGCGAAUGAAGAAAAAACCCAAGAGGAAGCAUAAUAAAGAUGUCAACCCAAAAAUGCCAAAAAGUUUGAGAAAGGAAUUCAAUAGAAGGGUUGCAUACAAAUGA